GCUCCCCGUGGCCGAUCCCCUCCGUUUCUGCUCCUCUCAGGGUAAGCCUGGACUGUGAGCUUCCCUUGGAGAAGUUUUACAAGUGGAUCUCCAGCAGCUUGGAGGAGAAGGAGACCUUCCUCAGUGCUUGUGGAAGCUGAACCGGUGCUUUGUGAACGUCCCCUCGGUGCAGUGGAAGGGAAGAUCCUGAGAGAGAGCCGUGCUUGCUGCAGCCUGUGAGGAGAGCAGCCCUGAGGAUGCAUCAGGACGGGCAGGAACGGGCCGAGGAUGGGCUGCAGGAGGGGCUGGGCACCUUCCAAGGGCUGAGCCCUGCUGAGGCCGUGGCCGUGCUGGCGCUGCUGGAGGAGCACGAGGAGCCCCUGCUGAGCCACUCCGUGGCCUUUGCCGAGCACCUGGAACGGGAGCUGCGGGAGCUGGAGGAGGCCAACCUGCAGGCCAUCCUCUCCUCGGAGCAGCAGCUGGCGCAGCUGAUGGGCGCCCUGGACGAGGCCCUGGCCGAGGUGGACAGGCUGGAGCAGAGCCUGCAGGUGUGUGAGGAGCUGCUGGGCGCUGUGAGGCACAGGAUGGACCACAUCCACCAGGAGAGCUCCCUGCUGCAGCGCCUGGCCUCCAACAGGAGCAGGCUGAUGGAUGAGAUCCUGCUCCUCACGACCCAGCUGCAGCUGAGCAGGGAGCACUGUGCUGCCCUGAGCAGGGCAGACCUGUCCAGCCCUGCGGCCAUUGAGGCCUGCACGGCCGCAGCCCAGGCUCUGUCCUCCUGCAUGGAGCUCCCCAUCCAGCCCUGUUACCGGAAGCUGCAGGCAGUGGCUGAGCAGCUGAUCCUGUUUGAAACCCUCAAGCAGAACUUCGAGAGCUCCUUCAUCAGCCACAUCACCAACAUCUUCGAGCUGCAGGGCGAUUCCCAGGUCCCUGCUCUUGGUGGCACCGUGGCUGCCCCAGGGCACAGACCCCACCACGAGGAGCUGCUGCCCUUCACCCCCCUGAUGGCCUGGCUGAGGAGCUCCAACCCUGCUCUGUUCUGGGACCUCUCCAAGGUGUACUCCCAGAACUUUGGCAGGCUCUACGAGCGGGAAAUCAGAGCCCUUUUCGAGCAGGCCAAGAUCUCCCUGUCAGGAAGAAGAAAAGGAAGUCUGCAGGAGAGGUGGGAGAAGCCAGCAGGGAGCAGGCAGCCGCGGUGGAGCCUCCCCAGGAGCAGGGACAGCCAGGAGGACGCCCUGGCCAGGGGCAGCAUGAGCAGGGUGUUGGAGCAGGUGCUGAGCGAGCUGCAGCCCCUCUGCACCUCGGAGCAGCAAUUCCUGCAGGAAUUCUUCUGCCUCGGCUGUGGCUCCGUGGAGCUGGAGGGAUCUGCCACCAAGGCAGGAGAGCCCGCAGCAGCUCCAGAGGACCCUCCUUGCUCCAAGAGCCAGAGCCAGGCAGAAGAAGCCACAACCCAACUGCUGAGCGAGAUCUUCAGCUGCCUGGAGCCGGAGCUGAGGGCAUUUCUGGAUGUCUGCGGCAAGGCUCAGCCCCUGGGCUGCCUGCAGGUCCUGGUGGCCCUGAGUGACUCCGUGCUGGGCACCCCGGGCCUUUCCUCGUCUCCCUCCUCGUCCUUCCUGCACUCCCUCCUGGGCAACGUGCUGCUCCUGGCCAAGAGCAACCUCAACAAAUGCAUCGGGACCUUGUGCAAGGAGAUGGAGGAGGCCAAGCCUGCCAGCAGGACCAGAGGGGGGAUCCUGCCCUGUGUCAGCCGCUUCCAGGAGCUGGUGGCCCUCUCUGAGGAGAUGUUCCAGACGUGCCAGCACCGGGGGGAGCUGGACAGGGCCCAGCUCAGGCUGGCCAGCAGCGUCCUCAGCAGCAUCAGCAGCCUCUCCUCAGCCAACCUGAAGGUGAACACGGAUAUGGUGAUGAUGGAAAACUUCCACCACAUCCACAACUUCCUGUGCCAAAGGAACAUCCCCUGCCUGGAGGGCAAGAAGAGAGAGGCCAAGCAAAGGUGCAGGGAGCACAUGGAGAAAUACAUCUCCACGUACGUGGGCAAGCCCCUGGAGAGGCUCAAGCAUUUCUUCGAGGGUGUCAAGGCCCGCCUGGCUCAGGGGGUGAAGGAAGAGGAGCUCAGUUUCCAGCUGGCCUACAGCAAGCAGGAACUGCGGAAAGUCAUCGAAAAAUAUCCUGGCAAGGAAGUCAAAAGGGCCCUGGAGAGCCUCUACAGGACAAUGCACAAACAUCUGUCCCCUGAGGGAAACCUGCUGCCGGUGGUGUGGCAGGCCAUGGAGCAGGGAUUCAUCCGGCAGUACCAAGAGUUUGAGGAGCUCAUCCAACGCUGCUAUGCAGGAGCAGGGAUUGCCCUGGAUUUCACCAUGGAGGACUUGCUGAGCUACUUCAACUCCAUCACCAUGGCCAACAUGUAGAGAAAUCACUCUCUGGAUGUCGGGAGCAGCUCAGGAACCCUUGUCUGCAGCCACAGCUCCGAGGAGCUGAACACAAAACCAUUCCCAAGUUGGAUAUUUGGGUUUCUACUCAGAACUUAAUCCCAAUUUCCAACCUGUUGGUCCUAGACUAAAUCUCUCUUGGGGAAGUGGAGGUGUCAGACCCAAACCACAACUUCCCUGCUCCAGGAAACCAUUUUGCCACCAGAAAAUGACACUCCAAGCCUCAGAUUUCCCCCUAAGUGAGCACUAGUGCCGCAAAUCCUCAGCAAAACGAUCACAAUGGAAAAGUGUCUUCUCUCCAGGGACUUUCUCCUUUUCUGUGCUCGAAUUUCAGUGAGCCUGAGCUAAACCAGAGGUCAAACCACAUGGAAACACUGUGAGUGAGAGGUGUUCCCACAUCCAGGUAUCCCAACAGGCAGCGCUGCUCCUCGGCUCUGCACUGAAAGUCAUCCAGCAGAUGAAAGUCCAGAGCUGUAAAUAUUAAUGAAUUUAUUGCUUUUAGCUCAGAUUUACUCACAUCUUAAGUGGAGUGGAGAAAUGUGCAGUUCUAGAGAUCCAAACUGAUCCUGCAGGGAAUUGCCUGCUUUUAACCCGUUUUUGUAGGAAUUUUCCUACAGCAACUCACCAAUAUAUUGUCAUUCUGUAAAUGUUGUCUCUGUUUCGUGGGGUGAUCAUGGGACUCACAUGUUGUGUGUCACAACCUUCUUCCUAAACAACUGAAGAGUUUGAACUCCUUGAUAUUUGCCCCACAGGGCAAAGAUUGUUUUAUUUAUUUUGCAUGUUAGAAAAUGAUCUUGGAGGCAAGAUUCCCUGUGCAUUGCCAGAGAGGUGGGAGGCUGCUGUGGCUGCUUGGACAGCCCCUCUUCUCCAGGGAUAUCCUGGACUCUUCAGUGGGAGCUUUAAGCCAGCACAUAAACCCAACUUUCACUUGUAAAGGGAAAAAUCUAGAUAAUUUUUCUGGGGUUUUUCAAGCAGUUGGCCUUUGGGUGAAGGUCCACCUCUGCAGGGAGCAAUGUUUAGAGCUCCUGUUUCCAACCUCAUCCUUCCCUCCCUUUGUCCCGUGACGUGGCUGCUCCCAGCAGGAAGAGGACGGUCACAGGAAACCAUUCAGCGCUGCCUUCCCAGCUCCUCGUCCCUCUGCAGGUAACAGGAAUUUUGCA